UUCUAUAGAAAACCUUUUUGACGUUUUUACCUAAGGUAUCAUUCAAAUUAUGUGGAAGUAAUGUGAGGGGUUUUCUCGAAAAUUUCCAUAAACGGUCAAAUGGGGAAAGAAAUUAAUGUGUAUUAAGUAAAAGGGCUCAAAAAUUAUUCGAAUCGUUUAAAUCGAGAUGGAGCUGGUAUCAACACCAAAUCCUCAUUAUAUACCAGGGUAUACUGGAUACUGCCCCCAAUACAAGUAUCGAAUUGGUGAUACUUAUGGCACUACAACCCACAAAGUAAUCUUGGACCCAACAGUACAUCACGCUGAAAAACUAGUGUUGUCUGAUAGAACAGCUGAUGACUUCCAGGUUACCAGACCAGCCAAAAAUGAAAUCGAUCUUGUCAAUGCCAGAUCACGUUUUGGGGAUGUCGUAUAUAAACAUCCUAUAAUACCUGGUUAUGAGGGCUUCAUUCCGAGGGAACAUGGCAAAUUUGGGCAGAGGCUUUCCGUGCAAGCCACGGAGGCACUUUCGGAUUUCGAGAAAUUGCAGAGUGCAGAUAGAAGAGCUCUGAACAAUUUGAUGAGGAUCGGAGCUCUGCAAGACAACAAAUGGGAUCCAAAAAAUUUAGAAGAUAGAGAGUUGGCUCAAAGUCAAUUCCAGUUGCCUCUACUUGAAGUGAGGCCGGAAUGUGCCAACAUACUUCGUAAUUUACCGGUGGAUGAGGCCCCUCUGAGUCCACCAAGAAGUUCGCAGAGUCCCUAUUUCAUGGACAACACAGAUCCCGGAAAGAAAUUGGUGAAAGGUUUUGCUGGACAUGUACCUUUCGGUUAUGCGAAUUUCGGAAAAACGAACGAGGCAAUGACCAACAGCGCCCUUUGUGAUUUCACCUCCAACUACCGCAAGAGGUUGAGUACAGAGUGGUCACCGGUUAGCAUCAGCAGACCGGAUCCUCCUCUGCUGAUACAGCCUUCAGAAAUCUAUCACAGACAUGUUGGGCAGCUACCAAAUUACUGCGGACACAUUCCAGGAGCUAUAUUCAGAUUCGGUAAAACGUACGGAAAUGACACGAGAGACGCAAAGCGCUGGCUUCGAGGAGAUUUUAGUUCGUGAAAUCAAGGAGGAUUACAAAUUAAUAUCCGCCUAUUCGAAUGAAAUUAGAAUUAUGUUAUCGAAAAAUGCUAUAUUUUCAUUCUAUUAAAUUGGCUUCAUGGAA